AAACCUGAGCUUCGAAACUCAGUUAGAGCGUAGCGUCCUCCUUCUCCCACCGGCAGCCGCAAAGAUGCAGAUCUUCGUGAAAACCCUAACGGGGAAGACUAUCACCCUGGAGGUGGAGUCUUCCGACACCAUCGACAACGUGAAGGCCAAGAUUCAGGACAAGGAAGGCAUCCCUCCGGACCAGCAGCGUCUCAUCUUCGCCGGCAAGCAGCUGGAGGACGGCCGCACCCUCGCCGACUACAACAUCCAGAAGGAAUCCACCCUCCACCUCGUCCUCCGCCUCCGCGGUGGCGCCAAGAAGAGAAAGAAGAAGACCUACACCAAGCCUAAGAAGAUCAAGCACAAGCAUAAGAAGGUGAAGCUCGCCAUCCUUCAGUUCUAUAAGAUCGAUGACAGUGGUAAGGUUCAGAGGCUUAGAAAGGAGUGCCCUAACGCCGAGUGCGGUGCUGGAACUUUCAUGGCUAACCACUUUGAUCGCCAUUACUGCGGCAAGUGUGGCCUCACCUAUGUUUACCAGAAGGCUGCUGCCUAAUUUCCUUUAAUUUAAUUUGCAUUUUUCUGAUGUCGUAAUUUCGGAUAUUAAGACUGCUAUGUUAAAGGUUUAAUUCAUGUUUCGAUUUUGAAAAA